AUGUCUCCGCUCCCCGCCCACGAAACCAAGCAUGAACCGCUCCUCCACUACCCCGUCCUCCCAACACCCCUAGUCCUCGACCUAACACAAUCUGACACGACCCAGACCACCACGGGCUCCACGCUCUGGCUCGGCGCACAGGUGCUCGCCGUCUAUCUACUCGAGCUAUAUGGCGCUGGUUCCAAGCCACCGCGCAACGCCAAGCAGUUACGCGCGAUCGACCUAGGCGCCGGUGUGGGGCUCACAGCGAACGUGCUUGCUAUGCUCGGCUUCGAGGUCGUGGCCACGGAUCUGGGGGUUGUGGUUGACGCGGUGCUGGCGGGUAAUGUCAGGGCCAACGAGGAGCGUGUUAGGGCCUGGGGCGGCGGCGGGGUCAUGGUGAGGGAGUUGGAUUGGUUUGUGGCGCCCGAGGAGUGGGAUUGGGGAGGGGAGGUUUCUAUUGCGCCGCCGAGAGUAACCACAACAACAGAGGAUUGUAAUGGUAUCAGUCCAUGUUUUGAUGUUGUGGUGACGGCGGAUACGCUUUAUGUCAAGGAAUUGGUGGCGCCGUUGGUGAGGACUAUGAAGGCGUUGUCGGUGACUUCGAAGAAGGGGAGGAGGUGUCCGCCUGUGUUUGUGGCGUUAGAGAGAAGGGAUCCGGAGGUUAUUGAGUAUGCCCUGGAACUGGCAAAGAAAGAGGGAUUCGAUUGUAGAAGGAUCCCAGAUGCGCGGUUGACUAAGUGCCUGGAAUCCGCUGGAGUCAAGUGGGAAAAAGAGGACUGGGACGGAGUAGAGAUAUGGAAAUGGACGCUCAAAGUCUAA